CUGACCCUGCCUGACUGUGUUCUGGAUGUUGUCCUCAGGAAUGAUGCUGACCCUGCCUGGCUGUGUGUUCUGGAUGUUGUUCCCAGGAAUGAUGCUGACCCUGCCUGACUGUGUGUUCUGGAGGAUUCUCCUACUGCUCCACACAGCAAACUGCGUUACUCGUACAGUCAUUACUCCAGUUCAGCAAAUCACUGUUGUGGCUGGUGAAAGUCUAGUUCUGCCGUGCUACGUCAACCCCAGCGUCAGUGCUGAGGGCUGGACGGUGGAGUGGUUGAAACUCUCAGUAGACAGAGACCAACGCAACAUCCAUCUUUACAAAGACGGCAGAGAUGACAAUGAAAAUCAGAAUCCCUCCUUCAAGGCAAGAACAGCUCUGUUUAAAGAGGAACUGAAGACAGGCAACACCUCCUUGAAGCUGCUCUGGGUUAGAGGCACUGAUGAAGGAACUUACAAAUGUUUUGUUAUGUCACCUACCUCGAAAUGGUAUGAUGAUUCCAACAUUGAAGUCCAUGUUAAAGCUGUAGGAUCUCAUCCAGUGGUCUCUAUCGAGGGACACAGAGUGACAAGGAUGGGUCUGCUGUGUGAGACACAAGGCUGGUACCCUGAACCAGAGGUGGAGUGGCAGGACAGUGAAGGAGUCUCUCUCUCUGCUGAUCCUCCAGAGACGACCACAGACUCUGAGGGACUCUACACACUCAAACUGAGGGUCACUGUUCAGAAGACAGAUACAAACCGCUUUAACUGUAGAGUUAAACAGAAAUACAUGAAGAGAGAUGAGACGGCAUGGAUUGAUGUUCCUGGUGAGCUGUUCUAUCAAGAUCACUCUUGGAAAGUGCCCUUGGCUGUGGUGUUUGGUGUCUGUGCCUUAGCAUCAGCUGUAGCCAUCUGUGUCCUGGUGAAGAGACAUAGAGAUAAAGAGACGAUUUUCAAGGCCCAGAAAGUUCGGCUCCUUGUUAAGAAAUGUCAGCUCCUUCAUAAGAAAUUUCAGUUCAAGGAUGAGAUUGAUGCCUGUGAGCUCACACUGGACCCAAACACAGCAAACAGAAAACUCUCUCUGUCUGAGGAGAACAGAAAGGUGACAAGGACAGAGGAGCAGCCGUAUCUUGAUCACCCAGAGAGAUUUGAGGACCUUCACCAGGUGCUGUGUAGAGAGGGUCUGUCUGGGUGCUGUUACUGGGAGGCUGAGUGGAGUGGAGAACUGGUUUAUAUAGCAGUGACAUAUAAAGGAAUCAGCAGGAGAGGAAUGGGUAAUGAAUGUCUGCUUGGACAAAAUAACAAGUCCUGGAGUCUGUACUGUGGUAGUAACAGUUACGCUGCCCGGCACAAUAAUAAGAAAACUGACAUACCUGUCCCCCCCUCCAGCUCCCACAGAGUAGGAGUGUGUCUGGACUGGCCGGCCGGCACUCUGUCCUUCUACACAGUCUCCUCUGACACACUGACCCACCUGCACACAUUCCACAACACAUUCACUGAGCCCCUCUAUCCUGGGUUUGGGGUUGAUUAUGACUCCUCAGUGUCCCUGUGUCAGGUAGAAUAGCCCACACAUACUCUCACACACUAUGCUCACAUAGAUGUUACUGAAGAUUGAACUGUAUACAGUUGGACUUGAUAUCCCGGAAAGUUUGUAUAUUGAUUUGUGUAGAAUGUUUGUUUUGUUUUCAUUUGACAAACAACAAUCCUGUCUUUGAUCUCAGUUCCACUGAAUGUGAUGAACUAAAUAGUGUCUUAGUGACUAAAUAAGGAGAAAUAAAGAUGUUUUAUACAGGA